CCACAUCUUGCGCGGCCACUGCCCAAAAGUACAAUACAUAUUUACCCAACAACAUCCUCUCUCUGGGGUAAAUAUCUCCCCAUUUUUUUAUUGUGGAGCAUUAUCCAUCCCGGAUUUUUGAUACGGAGAAAUAUGUGGCACUGUUGUCGAAGAGUAAAGUGAGCCUGGAUCCAGAUUCUGCUGAGGUCUAGAUCGAGAUAUUAAACACAACGGGGCUUUUCCACGGCACGUUACCAAAAGCUCGACGACGACUCGAUCCCGGAGCUUUCUCGUCGUCGCACUUCUCUCUCUCAGCUAGUCGAGUUUUGCUGGUUGGCUGGGAUUGUGGCAUGGUUCUUGGUGGUGAAAGUUUUUUUUGUAUCGUCGUCGUCGUGGACGAAAAAGCAGCACUCGUCCUGCCACAGAAAAGCUAGGUCGUCUCAAGUCGGAAGAAACACGUUAAGUUGUUGUAGUGCAGUAGUUCAUAGAGAUUACUCCUUUCAACACUCAUCACACUUUGCUAAAUAAGUGGAACUGCUGGGGUGCUGGAGAGAAAGUGAGACAAAAUUCACCAAAACGUGGAGAGAAAUCAAUCGCAAAUCUUUGUCGUGCUGCUACUGCUUUCUCCAAUCCAUCCAUUCAUCCACCACGAACACGACUUUCUUCUUCCUCCCCUCGCUCUGAGGAUAAGAAAGAAGGGGAAGAUCGACCCAAUGGGAAAUCUAAUCUCAGAAUUUAACUCCAGAUUUUCUUCCUUGCCAAAUAAUAAAGUACUGGGUGGAGUUGGAGGUUGGCAGAGUAAUUUGUCCCAGAAAAGCUAAAUCCAGAAAAAAUAUAUAUCGUUACUACAACUUAUAAAUAAGGAGAGAAAGAAAGUCAGCACCAUGAUUUCGCCCUGUUGUGGGUCGUCUCUUCAACAAGGGACAAAAUUCCUGGCCAUGUUUUCAAUGAUGCUGUCCGUGGCCGGGAUGGGUAUUUCAUCCAUCAUUCUUUUCAGCCUGCUCGUAGGUGGCCCCAAGUCGAGAGGAGAGCCCGGUGAAGGUGAAGACGAUCCGACCUCCAUCGGGAUCAAGUACUUCAUUGCGUUGUUAACCUUCAUAUUUAAUCUGUUUCUUGCAAUCCUGCUUUUUAUCGGGGCCGAACAGAAAAAUCUCCGCCUCUGCUACGUCUGGUUCAAGGUGACGAUAUUCCUCUUCUGUUUGGACCUCGUUCUUUUGGGGUUUUCCAUCUACUUGGACCUGGCUGGGAUUGAGGACUACGUGGUAAACAUUUCUGGAAUUUUUUACUCUCUGUACGAACUCUGGGUCGUUUUCGCUUUCACCACCGAGAUCAAAAGCCAGAAGGAAACUAUUUCCGGAUGUCAUACGAUUAGCACGUCGAUGACGGUGUAAAGAAAAGAAAGAAACCAAACUCUCUCCUAAAAUUUAAGUUAAGAAAUAUUAUGAUAUGUAAGAAAUGUUUUAUUCCAAAGAUUUUUUCAAAAUUUCUAAAAACUUUUGCAUGGGAUGAUGAAACAGACUAAAAGUACAUACAUUUACGUAGAUAGGUAGGAGGAGAAAGUGGAGGGAGAGAAACGACAAAAAUGGAAAUUGAGGAGUAAAUGGAGUGAUAAAGAUGAGAGGAUGAAUGAUUCAUGAGGCAAAUUGAGAUUCAUAGCAUGCAAGUUAUUUAUAUAGGAAUCAAUAUGCACGAUAUUCAUAUGUACAACUACUAUGUAUUGAGUAUAUAUACCCAUAAAAAAGAAAACCACACUUUUUUGCAUGCAAAAAUUAACCAGUCUAAAAAUAACACUAUUAAUUUUCGCACAAACUAACAUGAUUCGACGUGAAUUACUUAAUUAUCUAUUAAUUAAAUUAACUGCAAUGCACGGACCAAUGAACACAAAUUCAAGCUUAUAUAAAUUGUGUAUAUGAUUUUUCUCUACCAUUUCCAAACUCUCACUGAAAAGAAGAUGUUCAAACCUGAGAUUUACGAUUAUUAAAAGACUUCAAGGUGUCGUUAAUGCAGGACUCGAUGACUCAUCACCUAAAUCGUCAAAAUCCGAGCAUUUUAAUCAUUUUUCGCAUUUGGGAAUUUAUUUUAAAAUUCUGGACGAUAAAUUUAAUGGUGAGUUUUUAAACUAGUUUUGAUGAGUUCCAUUUUUUUAAGGCUAUGUACUUGAGAUCUCCUCCUUCAAAAACUGUCAAAAUCCUGAGUGUAUGUUUAUAAAAAAAAUGGCAACGACGAAUUUUCUAUAAAUUCGUCGUCCAGAAUUUUAAAAUAAAUUCCCAGAUAUGAGAAAUGAUUAAAAAUGUGCUGAUUUUUACGAUUUUGACAAUGAGUCAUCCAGUCCUACUUUAAGUAAUUAACGAUGCGAAACUAAAUCGACCUUUACUCGAAACUUUCACUCUCGUUCAAAAUCUCGGAACUAUUUAUAAAAUUCUUGGAAGUCUCAGUCACUCACAUGAUAACGAUGAUUUAUGUAGCUUGAUUCAAACGCUUCUUCUAAAAUUACUUUAUAUUUACUCUACAAGCAACAAACCAAACGUAAACCUAUGCACUUUAACACAAAAAAUCACCAAAAAUUAACCCACAGUCUGCGGCACGGCCUUCUUGGAAUGAAACUGGAUCCAUAAAAAUAUGUAUUUAUCUCAUGGUUUAGUUAGUUAAGAAAUUGCACGUCACUUUCUAUCGGCUCAUUAUUGAACACGGUAUAUUAAUUCAACAGAAUGACAUUUUCAAUUUUGAAAAAAAUUGAUAAUACUCAAAUCAAAUGACGAUCCAUUUAAAACGACGAUACUCAUUUUACUUACAUACUCAAGGAAAAAAUAACCAAAAAUAUUUGUAACAAA